AUUUAAAUUGUUAUUAAAUGUACUAAAAAUUCGAAUUAUACCAUCAAGCUGAAUUUAUACAUACUGACGCGAGAUUAGCACAAACAAGCUCCUAUCUACCCGUCCUUAAUGUGUGCCAUGACAGAGGUUAUAGACGCCGGUAAUUUCGGUUAUUCAUACAAUUCAGGAUAUCAGUGUGAUGCGUACGUAACCGUAUACAUUUUGAUGAUGCAUACGUGUAAGACUUCAUGCUCGAAAGUGUAAGAUGACGGCGCUUGCUUUAUUGCACAGAAAAGUAAGCGGUACUCAACAACUUUUCCAAACAGCGACGUUGUUUGCAAAGCAAUCCUAUAUUCUUUCACGAAAUGAGUCACGCUUUGUACCAAAGCGAGUACUCGUGUUGUCUAAAGUAUCUCGAUACUACUAUGAGAAACUAUGGGGGCCUGACUUGAAUGAAUCUCAGCUUAGGAGAAGACUGAUGGAUAGAGGAUCUGACUACGAUGCAUUGCUUGCCAGCCAUCAGAAUGACAAAGAGAAAGAGUUGGCUACAACCAACAUUUUGAAGGACUUAAAUAUAGAAUACAAAGUAAUGAAUAGGUCAGUUAAUAAUCUUUGUAGGUUAUCAGUAGACCAUAACGCAUUUAAUUGGGCAGAUCUAAUUCUACCUAUUGGUGGUGAUGGAACAUUUUUAUUUUCUGCAAAUUUAAUCUUUGAUAACAAGAAGCCGAUAAUAGGGAUAAACUCCGAUCCCUUGUCAUCUGAAGGGUACCUGAUGCUCCCUGAAAAAUAUACCAAAGAUAUACGUUUGAUAUUCGAGCUGAUGAAAGCUGGAGAAUAUAAAUUUCUGAUGCGAAGUAGAAUUAGGACUACCCUGAAGGGUGUGGGAAUUUGGGAGCCACCCUUUCACAUGCAUCAAAAGUGGAGAGUUACCGGCAAAGAAAGAUCUCAGGUCAAACAUGCCGAUGAGAGCAUAGCAGUAGAGAACAAGAAGAUUCUCAGGUUCAAUGUGGACGACACAUACAAAGACCACUCAGAGAAUGUCCAACCUAAUGAGAGACGACUUCCCUGGCUAGCUUUGAACGAAGUGUUCAUAGGGGAAGCUCUGUCAGCCAGGACGAGUGCCUUAGAUAUAAGAUUAGGGAAUGCAAAUUUAUCUUUUAAAGUGAAAAGCUGUGGGUUGUGCGCAAGUACUGGAACUGGAUCAACUUCCUGGCACAGAGCAAUCAACAGUCUCAGUCCGCAGACUGUUGAUAACAUCUUUAGGGUAGGGGGUAUCAAGCUUGAUUCCAGCAUCAAUGCCACUGAUAUAUCUUCCAGAUACAACGGCCAACUGCAAUUUCCUGCAGACUGCAGAAUAGCCUACACGAUCCGAGAUAUGAUUGUAGGGAGAACAUUGCCAUCGCCCAAAGGCAUUCAACCACGUGGCUUUUGUCAGAAGCUCAUAAUUCGCUCACAUUGCUUUGAUGCAGGUCUGGUCCUCGAUGGUGGCAUUGCGGUCCCUUUCAACGAUGGAACAGUCGCAGUAUUGGAAAUUCAUCCAGAAGAUUCUCUUCGAACAAUAAUACUCCCAGAAUGAACGAUUCCAAAAUUAAUAGUAACAGUCCGAACAACUCUUGAACCCUACAAAAUUUGUCGGAGAUAUUGUUAAAACAAAAGUUGCUAUAAUCUGUGCAUUAAUACUAUCCAUAUGAAUUAUUUAAACAAAUGUGACCCUUGUUUGUUUCUAACACUUCAUAUCUUACGUCCUAUCCAUAAUAUAGAAAUGAGAUCAAUUGCA